AUGGCCGUGUGGGAUCGCAAGGCUGUAGAUAUUUCGGCGGAUGUACGACUGGCAGUCCAGAAUUAUGGCGCCUGUAUACAGAACAUGCAGCAUGUUGUGGCAGAGAAUUACGGACGGUCGAUAAAUGUGGUGUUGCUUUGUGCAAUGGUGUGCAUAUGCUUCGAGCUUCUGAUGGAUAGUCCUGACGUGGCGCUGUGUCAUCUGGAGCACAGUUUGCGAAUACUAAACUCUAAUACUGAUACGAUUGACAAAGAUUUGGCGUUGGCUUUCACGAGACUCGAUCUUCAGGCCACCGUCUUCCUGGGCCUUCGACCACCUCUGCUUGCUUCAAGUUGCAGCGAAACAACAGACGACGAUGGCUUUGACAAUGAGGAGGCCGAGCUUACGUAUCUAAUGGGCUGCGUGUUUUCCUUUCUUCGAACGAAAGCAGAUAACUACCGAUACCGAAAUCCGGGAUCUAUUCCACUGGACCUUUUAAUAGAGGCCAAAACGCUCGAAGAACAACUACAACACUUUCGAAAGAAACACCUGACGCCUGGACUCCUCUCUGACGGCAGCUCUAUGUCAUCCAUCAGAGAAACACGCCUGCGAAUCAAGUGUCUUACAGGAAUCAUCCUUAUAGCAACAUCGCUGUACACGGAGGAAGCAAUAUACGACCAGUUCACCUGCGACUUUCUCAGCAUAGUAGACUGCGCAUCAGAAUUACUAGCUCAACCCCCAAUAACGCCUCUCACCGACGGAAGCAGUCCCCAAAAUUCAGAGUCCACACUCGACAUGGGCGUCAUACACCCGCUGUACCUUACCGCCUCCAAGUGUAGAAGUUCACUCAUCCGUCGACGAGCGAUCGAGUUGUUGCGAAUGGCACCCAGCCCCGAAGGAACAUGGGAUGCAAAGUUGUAUGCGAAAAUCGCAGAACGCCGGAUGGAGCUCGAGGAAGCGAGUCUGGAGGAACCGCCAACUGAUCCUGCUGGCGUGCCGGAAUGGUAUCGUAUUCACUCGGCGGAUAUUUACCCCCAAGGUGAUUGUAAAUCUGCGAGGGUUGUGUUUCGGUUUCAGCCGAAUGGUAUGGAUGGCGAGUGGAGUGAGUUCUCGGAGGUGAUCACUUGGUGA